AUGGGACCUGCAACACAAUUCCAUGCAAAACAGGAACAACAUGACGUCGGUUACGAUCAAACACCACCACUCAAGAUCAAUAAAGACACCAAUUUCAUCUCCCGUAUGCCGCCUUCCACCACCGCCGCUUCAUCCACCACCACAACAACGAUCUCCGAUAAACAACCACCCAGACGACCUGUCAUCAUCUACACACAUUCACCAAAGGUCAUCCAUACACACCCACGAGAUUUCAUGGCGUUGGUCCAGAAACUCACCGGAUACACACCACCGCCGGAGGAGACACAACCCACCCAAGAUCGGCGGCACCACCACCUUGGAAGAGGUGGUCAAGGGAAUACGGAGGAUAAUGAGUCCACCUCCGUCGUUACGGAGGAGCAUGGUAGCAGUGUGAAUGAUAUCCCUCAGGUAAAUUCUUGUUUUGUUGACGGUGGUGUUGGGGUUGCGGUUGCGCCACCGCCAUACAGGUCGGCGGUUUUUGAUCCUUAUUUUAAUCCGACACCAGUUUUUCCGGCAAACCCAACGGAGUUUUUGUGCACACCGAGUCAUCAGCUUCCGUUUUACAAUCCAGAUUCGCUGUUUAUGAAUCGAAAUUCGUUAUCUUCUUCAUCUUCAACAUUACGUGUCCUCAAAGAAUACCCAGAUAUUUGA